GUUUCAAUUCGGUAGCGAGACACAUGCGUUGUUUUAGUGUAUAGUUAGUCGGUUGUCGUCCUACUGUUUUUGUGUGUUGUGUGAAUGUUGAACGAUGAAGAAUGACGGGAAUUUUCUUAAUUUUUAAUUUAAAUUUGCACGAAAUUGUGAUGUUCCCGAAUAUGUUACCUAAAUGAACUGUGAUACUUACGAAGACUAAAAACACGUAUACAUAUCAAUUCGAAACGAAUUAGUUGCAGGUGUUAGCUCGCAAUAAACGCUGAAACGCUUAAUUACCAUGGAACAAUAAUAUAUUCUAUCAAAGUGACAAGCAACGCAACACCAGGCAUGGCUCAAAACAGCAAAAAGUAUCAGUAUUUAGCAACGAUAACUGUUAACAUCAUUUCUGUGUGCUAUGGAACAUCAGCGGCAUGGCCAUCAUCCAGUUUUCUGCUGUUACAAUCCGACGAACUAACGCCUCUGAGCAGUGGUGCACUGUCCAAAGCGGAAAUGUCCUGGGUUGCUUCCCUCUUAUGUGUUGGUGGUCUCGUUGGAACCAUUCUCUUUGGCCUGUUAGCCGAUGUUUUUGGUAGAAAAUAUAUUUUGUGUUGCCAAGGAAUUCCUUCAAUUUUGAGCUGGGUUCUUAUUUACUUCGCCGAGAAUGUCAUAUAUUUAUACAUAUCCCGAUUUCUGGCUGGACUAGCUUAUGGCGGUUCAUUUGUUCUAGUGCCACUGUUCGUAUCGGAAAUAUCAGAGAAUAGCAUUAGAGGUGCCUUAGGCUCUUUAUUGAUGGUCACAUCAAACAUCGGAAUACUGUUGAGCUUUGUAGCCGGACACUAUCUCAGCUUUCGUUUAGUACCAGCUGUGUUUGCUGUAUUACCGACAUUGUUUUUACUGUUAACAAUUGUAUUUCCGGAAACUCCACCAUUUCUGAUUAGAUCGGGAAAGGAGGAGGCCGCAGAGUCAUCCUUGCGUUUCUACAGAAAUGUUCAGGAAACUGGGAAACAGACACCUGUCUAUUUUCACGAAGAAUGGGAAAGGCUGAAAAGUCAGAUGGGUGGAGAGUCUGGUCAGCAGAUUGAGAAAAUACCGUUAAUGCUAACAGACUUCACGGCUAAGGUGCCACGAAAGGCUUUCGUCAUUGGAUUCGCAUUGAUUCUGUUGCACGAAUUUUGUGGAUGCUUCACAAUGAUCAACUAUACAGCGACCAUAUUUGCCGAAUCCGGAUCAGACAUAUCACCAAAUCUGUCGGCUAUUAUUUGUGGAGCCAUUCAGCUACUUGGAACAUUAGUGUCAACAAAGCUAGUGGACAGAGCUGGACGAAAGUUCCUAUUAGUUAUCUCAUCGAUUGGUGCCGGCUUAUCGCUCGUCGCACUUGGAACGUACACGUACCUGAAUUCUCUGGGCUACUAUGUACAACCAUUUUCUUGGGUGGCAAUAGCCAGUUUUUCGUCAAUGUUGUUCCUAGCAUCGUGUGGUAUUAUACCGUUGCCUUACGUAAUUCUAUCCGAAAUUAUGCCAGACAAAAUACGAUCUAUUGGCGCAACAGUUUGCUUGUGUUUCGCUUGGAUUAUAGCAUUUGUGAUGAUAAAAUGUUUUCCGCUUGUUGUUAUUUCGUUUGGAAUGCACGGAUGCAUUUUCUUUUUCGCAAUUUGUUGCUUUCUAGGUGCCAUAUUCGUUAUUGUCAUUUUACCCGAAACGAAUGGUAAAAGCUUCGAAGAUAUAUCCAAAAUGUUAGCGAAUUAAAUAAAUUAUUUUCUUAAAAUGAACGAAAAAUUUU